CGUGUUUGAAGCGCCGGCGGAGCCCCGGAUGGUGCGUGUGAGGGUCCGCGAGCUAGUGGAACGCGCCGCGCGGCUUCUGACAGACUGACAGACUUCUUUGCCCUAAAGCCCCCUGGUUUUGCUGACUUAAAAGGAAAAGGAAGAGAGGAAUUUCCUAAUUCAAGGGCAGAGAACAGCAUUGGACUCGCUGGAAUAGUUUGCCUCCUUCAUAACCUGAUCAGAUGCUGCUGCAGCAGCUGGUCUAAAUUCUGACAUCCCAGUGAUGCACCAUGCCAAUUGUUGAUAAACUAAAGGAAGCUCUGAAACCUGGUCGAAAGGAUUCAACUGAUGAUGGUGAUCUGGGGAAGCUUCUGGCUUCUUCUGCCAAAAAGGUCCUCCUACAGAAGAUAGAGUUUGAGCCUGCGAGCAAGAGCUUCUCUUACCAGUUGGAGACCUUAAAGAGCAAAUAUGUGCUGCUGAACCCUAAAACGGAGGGUGCUAGUCGACACAAGAGUUGUGAUGAGGCACAGAUCAGGAGACAGGGCAGUGAUCAUGGGUUUGAAAGCUCUAGUGAUGGCAUUCCAGUCCCACAGAAAGUUCUCUUCCCUAUGGAUCGACUGUCUUUGAAGUGGGAGCGUAUUUACCGAGUUGGAGCAGGUCUCCAUAAUCUAGGCAACACUUGCUUCUUGAACUCCACCAUACAGUGUUUGACCUACACACCCCCUCUAGCCAACUACUUGCUCUCCAAGGAACACACUCGGAACUGUCAUCAAGGAGGUUUUUGUAUGCUAUGUGUUAUGCAGAAUCACAUGAUUCAGGCCUUUGCCAAUAGUGGCAAUGCUAUCAAGCCAGUCUCCUUUAUCCGAGACCUGAAAAAAAUUGCUCGGCACUUCCGUUUUGGAAACCAGGAGGAUGCACAUGAAUUUCUUCGGUACAUUAUUGAUGCCAUGCAGAAGGCCUGCUUGAAUGGCUAUACAAAAUUGGAUCGCCAGACACAGGCAACUACUUUGGUCCAUCAGAUUUUUGGAGGUUACCUCAGAUCUCGUGUUAAGUGUUCAGUAUGUAAGAGCGUCUCUGAUACCUACGACCCCUAUUUGGAUGUUGCAUUGGAGAUCAGGCAAGCUGCAAAUAUUGUACGUGCCCUGGAGCUGUUUGUAAAACCAGAUGUCUUGAGUGGAGAGAAUGCAUACAUGUGUGCUAAAUGCAAAAAAAAAGUGCCAGCCAGUAAGCGCUUUACAAUUCAUAGGACAUCCAAUGUCUUAACUCUCUCCUUGAAGCGGUUUGCAAACUUCAGUGGGGGUAAGAUCACCAAGGAUGUGGGAUAUCCAGAAUUUCUUAAUAUACGCCCAUAUAUGUCACAAAGUAAUGGUGACCCUGUCAUGUAUGGAUUAUAUGCUGUACUUGUCCAUUCAGGCUAUAGCUGCCAUGCUGGACAUUAUUACUGUUAUGUGAAGGCUAGUAAUGGGCAGUGGUACCAGAUGAAUGAUUCUUUGGUCCAUUCUAGUAAUAUCAAAGUGGUCCUGAACCAACAGGCCUAUGUUCUGUUCUAUCUCAGAAUUCCAGGCUCUAAGAAAAGUCCUGAGGGCCCCAUUGCAAAAACUAUCUCUGCCCUUCCUAACCGAGCAAACAAUGUAGUUCCUGAACACAUCAAGAAAAAUAUUAGUAAUGGUGUUGUUCCCUCACCACUAAUUGGAAAGAAACUGGACUUGGUAUCAGUGAAAAAACAGCAGACAGCAGAAGAAAAUGGUGUCCCAGUUUCCAGGAAUAACUUUGUGGUAGGCCCUAAAUCACAGAAUGGAAGUGUCCAACUAAAGCUGCCCCUGGGCUCCCUGUCCCCAAAACUUUCUGCAAAGCCUAUUCAUGGACCCCCCGUCAUACUGGAUAAACUGGGGAAAAAAGUAAAGAAGCCCCUCUCCCUGCAACACCUUUCUCCAUCACUAAAAGUAUCUCAGGGAUUAAAUGGCAUCAGCAGCUUAAGUAGCACUAAACUUGAGAGCCGUAGGCAAGGCUCAUGGGAGAACAAAAAUCCUACACUAGCUACCUCACCUAAGCUCCUGCCUGAAGUGACUGUCAAUGGACAUGGGCCAAAGGGUAAUGGUGAGUGUUCGGAUCCCAAGAGGAAGGAUUCCAUCAGUUCCAGCCCUGAGUAUUCUUCCAGUAGUGAGACAGCCAGGGGGCCCGAGACCCCGAAGAAUGGAGUUGGCUGUUUCUAUACUUCUCAGGAAACAGACUAUUCUGCUGGUGAGCGUACCAAAGAGACACCUGGUGGAGAGGAUUCUAAGAUGGUGAAGUUAAAGUCCCCUGUCCUGACCAAUACUGCCACUGAGCCUACAAGCAUCAUGUCCCCCCCACCAGCCAAAAAACUGGCCCUUUCUUCCAAGAAGGCCAGCACCCUACAGAGGGCGAACGGCAAUGACCUCCAUUCACCUCCCCAUUCAUCAUUCGUUGACCACACCUACCCCACGAAAAUCACCCACCCUGUCUCCACCUCUUCUUGGCCUGUCAGUAAAAUCAGGACUGUUUCACCUCCCAAAUCAUCAAAUCCUUUGAAGUCUGCCUUCAACUCCUACUCAGUCAAAGCUUCACCACUCCCCUCCAGCUUCAGGCCUUCAGGGACGACUGAACCACAUAGCUGCUCUGUUGCCUCCAAUCCCCUGCCUCAGGUAAAUGGGGACGUCAUAUCCCCUUCUCACCAUCAGCAGGGGGCCAGCAAUGCCCCUCAAAGCUUCUCCAAAAAAAGAAGAAAAAAGCAUAAAGGAGAAGACAGGUCAUACAGAAGUCCAGAAGAAGAAAUCUCACAGGAAAAUGGAGAGGCAGCUGACCUUUCUCAUGUAAAGAAAAAGAAGAAGAGGAAGCAUACAGAAGAAGGACAUACAUCCUGGACAGAAGUUGCUGCAUCUCUUACUCAAGAGGAACAAACACAGAGCCCGAGUUGGAAUAGAAGGAUAGGAGGGAAGCAUGGGUUAGAUGUGACUGUUGAUGGGCUGGAGGAAGAAAGCAAAAACCAAGAGAUGAAUGGCAGUCACAUAGGAGAUGUGACUGAUGCCCACUACCUUAGCAAAAAGAAAAAGGAAAAAAAAAGAAAGAGAGUGGAGGAAUGUAAUGAGGAACAUUGUCACAAUCAAAAAUCAUCUUUGGACAGCAGCUGCUCUAUUUGUGACAAGGAUGAGCCAGAAUCCAUUACAGAGUCCCCAAGGAAAAAGAAAAAAAAGAAAAGAAAGCAAAAUUCAGAACAGGAAGUAGAAGAGAACGAGCACCAAAAACAUCCGAGAAAGGACUGCCAAAAUGACCACAAGGUCAUCCCUAAGGAAAACACUGGUUGCAAGGACAGCAGUCAGUCUCAAGCUGUGAAUGGCCAGCAUCCUGGAAAUAUUGCUCCCUAUUUGUUUUUGGAGAAGAAACAGGCUCCUCUUCAGCUUUGGAAUAAAGAGAGAGAAUCUGAUGUAGUCCAGGAAUUGCUCAAGUAUUCAUCUGAUAAAGCUUAUGGGAAAAAAGUUUUGACAUGGGAUGGUGAAGUGUCAGCCAUCAGUCAGGAUGCCAUUCAUUAUAGUAGACUGGCCCAGAAUGAAACAGUGAUUGAUGACUGGGACAAAGAAUUUGACUCUGGGAAGGAAAAGAAAACAAAGAAGUUCAAGAGAGAGAAGAGGAGAAAUUUCAAUGCCUUCCAGAAACUUCAAAGUAGGCGGAACUUUUGGUCUGUGACCCAUCCAGCUAAGGUUACAAGCCUUAGCUACCGCCGCUGAACCCUGCUGCUACUAAGAAAGCUUCCAGGAAAAAAAAGUAUCACUCUGUGAGCUGUAGCUGCCUGUCUAUUGGAUCUAAAGAACAGAUGUUGUGGACCUUAAAUAACCCUGCUACUCAAGGGUAUUUACACUGUGAAUCUACCUUGGCAGGAGAAGUCUCCCUCCACUACUGUUACAGAUCAUCCUGAAAUAGAGUCUUAUGGACCAUUAUUUUACAAAAAGGAAAGAUUUUAAGGCAGAGUCUGAUAGUACUGCAGAGAUGGCAGUUUAGUGGGCUCAGGGAGUGGACUGAAUGAAUCUAAUUUACUAAGUGAAUGUAAGACAGAUUCUUCCACAGCAGAUACAUCCAGCCAAAGGAAAUCUAGGUGCUGGUGUGUAUAAAAAAUGCAAGAUGAAGGGACAGAUUAGGUAAUGUGAUGAAAACUAGUACCUCCUUCUGUUGUAUCCUAAAGGAAACUUAGAGUCAGGAACUUAAAGGAAGACACAUCUGAAAUUUAGUAACCUUCCUGGUGAAAAGUCAUCUGCACUACAGCUGCUGGCAUUUUCUAUGCUUCUGUUCACUAUCUUUAUUUUUGGGUGUGGAGCUGGCAUUUCUCUGAACCUGAGUCAUUUGUCUGUGCCUCUCCUGCCUGUAUUUGCUUUGUUAAUCAGGAAUACUACAGCAUUUCUCCUUUGGAAUGGAGGCUUUAGUUAAUAUUUCUCCUUUUCCUCAAAAAUUGCUGCUAUUGAUAUCUUAAUAGAGUAAAAAGCUGAUUUUCUGCAGUCUGAGCUUGCAAUGAGCUGGAAUUGUCUGUCUUUUGCUUCUAAGUAUGCUGUUUUUCUUGCUCCAGUGUGACUGUGAUGUAGUUUACCUUACAGCUGCAAUGACCCAUGGAGGUGGUGGUUUGGGAGGGUGAAACUCUUCUGUUUUACCUUGAUAUUCAGUAUAAGAAAAUGUAUUACCAGGCCAGUGGUAAUAUAUGUUCCCUUUGCCCUUCUUCUAUAGCGCAUACCCAUUUUGAUACUGUUCAUAGAAAUCCUUGGUUUAGAUAAUACCCAAUAUUAUUUACUGUGCCUUCAACAUUAGCAAUUUGAGAAGUAUGGAAAACUCAGUUUGUUAUUUUAAGAAAAUAUCACUUCCACUAUAGGUAGGAAGACAAAUGGUGAUAGAAAUUUCACAUUUGGUAUCCAAUAGAGAAUCUAUAUGUGACUUAGAUUCAUUCCAACAAGUGAUUAUUUUGCACAGGACCUACUGUUACUUAUGUUUGUGCUGCUUUCUUUGUAAUUUAACUUUGCCUUAUUAUCUGCCAUCACCUUAGUUGGGGUUUUAAUGUUGACAAUGUAGACAGCCUGCUUUGGGAGAAAUAUCAGCAUUGUCUAGACCUUUAUUUUUAAAUGGGCUCAUUCAUUCAACAAUCAUUUAUUAAGCAGCUACUAUUUGCAGAGUACUAUUUUGAGAAUAAUAAUACAUGUGGUCUGUCCCCAUUAGUUACUUCAAAUCUUGCAAAAACAGAAUUGUAGGGUUUGCUAAUGCUAAUUAGGGGAUUUUUUUGCUCUCCUCUCAGAGUACAGAUUUCUGAAUGUUGAUUUACUAGAAUAUACAAUUCUUAUGAAAAGAAGAUGCAGUCAUCAGUGUUCCUGUGGCUUAAUUAUCUAUUGCCAAGAUGGAGGAGAAGCAGCUGCUUUUUUUUAGUAAUCACUUCUUCCUUAUGUUGAAAUUUACUCCUCUAUACAAUAUCUCCCAAGCCAUUUCUCUGUAAUGCCCUAUAGUUGAAAAAGAAAAUUUCAGUCUUCUACUCGCAUAUCCUUUUUUUUUCCUCCUCUAAUCAACCCAUUCCCUAAUUCCUAAACCCCUCAUAUAUAUAUAUAUAUAUAUAUCCCUUCCAUACUACAAUUAUGACAUCCUUUCCCCAUACAGUCUUUGAAAAAAAAAAUAUAUAUAUAUAACUUUCCAAAGCAUUUUAUCAUUGUCCAAACAUAGAAUAGCCAUUUCCUUUUAUAAAAGAUGAUUAACCAAAUUGGGAGAGGAAUGGGAUAGUAAUAAUUUCAUACACACUCUAGGGUGACAUGUAGAUAUAUACAUAUAUAUAUAUAUAUAUAUAUAUAUAUAUAUACAAAAAUACAUAUAAAUAUACAUAAAAACAUAGAUAAAUAUAUAUAAAGCUUUUUAUAAUAGCAGUCAUUCAAUUGACUUAGAAUAUGAAUUUUAUUUAACUUUUCAUUUAGGAGGUGAGUUGGGGUAGAUAGAGUAUGAUCUGUACUAUAAACACUCUGCCCCUUUGAGUGAUAAGAUAUAAUAUCACUCACAAAUGAACUACCAUUGAUUAUCUUGUUUUAUUAACCUGGACUUUGUUUUGACAAUUUUUAAAGUCUCAUGUUUAAUGGUUGUAUAAUUGCUCUAAUGUAUGUGUGUAUGAAUAGAUAUGUCAUCCCCAUGUAUUUUUGCACCUUCUGCUGAAGGGUGCUCAGUAGCCUCAGAUAUUGCCAAGAUCAUGGUGCAAUAAAAAAUGAAUUUUUGUGA